AUGGUCUUGUCCUUAAUGCGUCAAACAAACGCCCCACCACAGGACCAAGAAGCGCUUACGGAGGAGGUGGAGGAUCCGGCUAAGGAGAAUCCGAGCAAGCAUGAGGAGAAUCCGAGUAAGCAUGAGGAGAAUCCGAGUAAGCAUGAGGAGAAUCCGAGUAAGCAUGAGGAGAAUCCGAGUAAGCAUGAGGAGAAUCCGAGUAAGCAUGAGGAGAAUCCGAGUAAGCAUGAGGAGGGGGAGGAGGAUCCGAGUAGGCAGGUGGAACGCUUGAUAGAACGUAAGUUAGAACGUAAGGUGGAACGAGAAGAAACGAAGAUGGAGAGGAAGCAGAGGCGGUUGCGGAAGAAAGAAGAAAAGGCGGCGCGGCGGCAGGCGAGGGAAGAGCGAAGACAGGAGCGGAAGAGGAAGCGGGAGAUGGACGACUGGGAUAUUCCCUACAAGCAACAUUGCCCGUCGCCGCCCGAGUCGGUGUUCCAAAAUACCUCCUCGCUCCCGUGUGCCCCGAAAUGGCCCGACUCAGCGGCCGCCGGUUUUGUAGCACCGGUGGACUACAGUGGCCGCUGGUGGGAGUCGUGGGAAUCCGAUUUGAUCAACUCUGGACAACUAAAAUGUUACAGCGAUCAGGUCUUGAAAUACCCUGCUCAAUCACUCUAA